GUGGCCCUGCUCGGGGCGGAAGGACGGCGAGGCGGCGCGGGAUGCGGCUCGGGCCGGGCACCUUGGUGCGGCUGUUGCUGGCGGCGCAGGCGGCCGCGGCCUUCGAGCCCGUCAGCGUGGCUCUGGCCGUCGGCGCCGUGUCGGCCCUCACCGGCUACCUGUCCUACACGGACUGGUACUGCCGCUUCGCCGAGUGCUGCGGGGAGGAGCGGCCGCUCAACGCCUCUGCCCUCCAGCUGGACCUGCAGAAGCUGUUCGGACAACAUCUGGCCACCGAAGUAAUUCUCAAGGCGCUGAGCGGCUUCAAGAACAACAAAAACCCCAAGAAACCGCUGACCCUGUCUUUGCACGGCUGGGCCGGCACCGGCAAGAACUUUGUCAGCCAAAUCUUGGCCGAGCACCUGCACCCCCGAGGCCUGAGGAGCCAUUACGUGCACCUGUUCGUGUCCACGCUCCACUUCCCCCACGAACAGAACGUCAAAAUGUACCAGGAUCGGCUGCAGAAGUGGAUCCAGGGGAACGUGAGUGCCUGCGCCAGCUCUGUAUUCAUAUUCGAUGAGAUGGACAAGCUGCACCCUGGGGUGAUCGACGCCAUCAAGCCCUUUCUGGAUUACUAUGAGCAGAUUGACGGCGUGUCCUACCGCAAGGCCAUCUUCAUCUUCCUCAGCAAUGCCGGUGGCGACCUCAUCACCAGGACAGCGCUGGACUUCUGGCGGGCAGGCCGGAAGCGCGAGGACAUCCAGCUGAAGGACCUGGAGGCCGUGCUCUCCGUCGGCGUCUUCAACAACAAGCACAGUGGCCUGUGGCACAGCGGGCUGAUAGACAGGAACCUCAUCGAUUACUUCAUCCCCUUCCUGCCCCUGGAAUAUAAACACGUGAAGAUGUGUGUGCGGGCCGAGAUGCAGGCCCGGGGCCUGGCCGUGGACGAGGCUGUGGUCACCAGCAUAGCCGAGGAGAUGACGUAUUUCCCCAAAGAUGAGAAGAUCUACUCGGACAAGGGCUGCAAGACGGUGCAGGCACGGCUGGAUUUCUACUGAGAGCCCCACACCGGCUGCUAGGGGAAGCUCCGGGGACUGGACCGGGGACGCGAGGCCCAGCACGCUUGCCUGUCCACCCUGGGCCUCACCCUCGGCCCAGCACAUUGGAGAGCUUGGUGCGUUUGCCCCUGCGCACAGUAGGGAUACAUGAGCAGAAGUUUUUUCUGAGUUCAUUUUCAGAAAAGACAGUGAUUUGUCCAGGACCCUGGUCAUUUUGUGAAAUGACAGUGGUCCUCCUGCUUGUGGCAGCUGUAGGUGGACUUCAGAAAUGUUCCCCC